AUGGCCGCACUGGAUGAUGAAGUCUUCCGUAAGAUGUCGAUGGCAAUUCCCAACUUGAACCAAGUUACUGGACUUGCCAAAGAAGCUACCGAUCGGGAGCACAACAUGACACAUUGGGAAGCAGUCAGAUCCUAUCCCAAGGCGAUCUGCUUCUCGCUGAUCAUGUCCCUUGCCAUUCGUUUUGGCCAUCAAUUGCCAGACGGUUCCUACCAGGUGUCAUCCCCGUGCCAGUCGGGACUUCAGAAUGGCGCCGCAGUACGCGAGAUCAUGGGUUUGUUGGCCGCUGGCCAGCUGGCCGAUCGUUUCGGAUACAAGCCCGUCAUCCUUGGUGCCCUCAUCAUGGUUAUUGCCUGCAUCUUUCUUCUCUUCUUUGCACAGAGCAUCGGUAUGCUCUUCGCAGGCGAAGUCCUAUGUGGCUUACCUUGGGGUGCUUUUCAGACCCUCACGACGACCUACGCCGCCGACGUCACUCCAAUCAAGCUGCGCCCAAUCUUGACAACUUACGUCAACCUUUGCUGGGUAAUAGGGCAAUUUAUUUCCGCUGGUGUCCUACGGGGUAUUCUUAACCGUCCAGACCAAUGGGCAUGGCGCAGACCAUACGCAGUUCAAUGGGUGUGGCCUGUACCCAUUAUCAUUGGCAUGAUAUUUGCACCUGAGUCUCCAUGGUGGCUUGUACGAAAAGGUCGCCUCGAGCAGGCUAGAAGGUCACUGAGACGGCUGACUUCCUCCAUCGUCACCGACGACCAGCUCGACAAUACACUUAGUAUGAUGGUCCUGACAAAUGAACACGAACGCCAGGUCACCCAAGGCACGACAUACCUCGACUGCUUCAAAGGGACCAACCUUCGCCGAACCGAGAUCGCAUGCGCAACGUGGGUCAUCCAGGUGUGGACUGGUAUCUGGUUCGGCGGCAAUGUCACCUAUUUCCUAGAGCAAGCUGGGUUCGAUCCUUCCAAAGCGUUCGAUUUCAGUCUGGGCACCAACGCCCUCGCAUUUUGUGGCACCGUCGCUUCGUGGUGGCUAAUGCCUCGACUUGGGCGACGCACUCUAUACCUCUAUGGGCUCGCCACCAUGUUCACCAUUUUGUUGACCGUCGGCUUUAUGGGCAUCCCUCACAUCAGUGACGAUCUGCCCUACGCUUCUGGGACCUUCCUCAUGCUUUUCGUCUUCACAUACGAUCUCACCGUUGGCCCAGUCUGCUACUGUCUGGUCUCCGAGAUUCCCUCCACCCGGCUUCGGGUCAAGACAGUUGUGUUGGCACGGAAUGCAUACAAUGUUGCCAGCAUCGUGGCCAAUUUCCUCAACCCUCCUAUCCUCAAUCCAACAGCCUGGAACCUGAGAGGAAAGGGUGGCUUUGUGUGGGCAGGAUUCUGCGCGGUCUCCACGAUCUGGUGCUUCUUCAGACUGCCUGAGCCAAAGGGUCUUGCUCCCGCAGAAAUUGACGUUCUGUUCGAGCAGAAGGUCAGUGCUCGCAAAUUCCGCAAAGUAUACGCCGAUCCAUUCCGGUCGACGAACUUGGACGUGGUAGACAUGGUAGAGCCAGAAGUGCAGGGGAAAGGUUAUUGACACAAGGAGCGAAAAUGAUCGCGGUCCAAUCUCUAGCAAUAUGUGAGGGAAAUGGAUUAAGCACCUAGAAGUUGGUGUAUCUGGGCCUAGUCAGUCCGUGCCAUCAACGACAGACUUGGCCUGGCACGGUAAAUUUAUAGCGCAGCACUCAGGUUUGGCGAAGCGGAUCUUGGUGCAUUACAAUGCAGAAUCCUUUGCGCGAGCACUGCCCUGUCUCAAGAUCGAAGUCUCCUAAGCCUGAUGCGGCAAACAACAUAUUUAUUCCAUCGACGGGGACGCUGAGACGGCCGUAAAAUGGUCAAAGCGGGCACGCUGUGGGCUACGAUCGGUGAGAAGAACUUUCUUUCUUGCUUUUCCCGUCGAGAAGCAACGGUGUAGAAACUCCAGAUGAUGGAUAUUGAUGGCAUUCAUUGACAUUUGUCUUGUGGUAUCAGGCUAGUUAAUCCAAGUCAGUGUUAGGAAAGAUCCGUCGCGGAAUGGUGGGGUCUCAAUCG